UUCCAUUCAAUUAUCAGACCCACAAUCCCAAAAUAUGAACAUCUUCUCCAAGAAACCCAAUGCCAAAGAGGCGCUUCGAGAGAGUAGAAGAGAAGUGACUCAUUCCACCAGAGGUAUUGAGAAGGAAAUUUCUGCUUUACAAUCAGAGGAAAAAAAACUUGUUGCUGAAAUAAAAAGGACUGCUAAAACUGGAAAUGAGACAGCAACAAAAGUUCUUGCACGUCAGUUAAUCAGGCUUAGACAGCAAAUAGCCAACUUGCAAGGUAGUCGGGCUCAAAUGAGAGGUAUAGCGACUCACACACAGGCAAUAUCUGCCCAAUCUUCGGUUGCUGCAGGCAUGAAAGGAGCCACUAAGGCUAUGACUGCUAUGAAUAAGCAAAUGGACCCUGCAAAGCAAGCGAAGGUGAUGCAAGAUUUCCAGAAGCAAUCAGCUCAAUUGGAUAUGACGACUGAAAUGAUGUCAGAUGUCAUAGAUGAUGCUAUAGAUGACGAUGAAGCAGAAGAGGAAACUGAAGAUUUGACAAAUCAGGUCCUUGAUGAAAUUGGAGUCGAUAUUGCCUCACAGUUGUUAGUGGCUCCCAAGGGCAAAAUUGCUGGAAAAAGGACCGAGGAAUCAAGCAGGUCAAGUGACGUCAGUACAUGGAAUGUAUGAGUGUGUAAAAUGGAUGAAAGGAAACUUACUCAAAGUUCAGGGAUCGAUGAUCUGGAGAAGAGAUUGGCUGCGCUUAGAAAUCCUUGAUCUCAAUAUCUUGGACUAGUCCGUAUGGAGUUUCACCACACAUAAAACAUGAUUCCUGUAAAAUAUAUGUACAUAGUUGAAAUUUAUGUACAUAGUUGUGAUGAUAAAUGGUUGUCCAAAAGCUACAAACAAUGUAUUUUGUUGUUUGAUAAAGUCAAUCUUGUCAUGACUUUUCUUUCA